AUGUCAUUAAAGGAUUUUAAAAUAAUAUCCAAAUUAGGCGACGGAUCUUAUUCCAAUGUUUACAAAGUCAGAAGAAUAGAAGACAAUCUUGAAUACGCUCUAAAGAAAGUAAAUUUAACUAACUUAUCCGAUAAAGAAAAGCAAAAUGCCUUAAAUGAAGUAAGGAUUCUUGCUUCAAUUCAUCAUUAAAAUAUUAUUAGUUACAAAGAAGCCUUCAUUGAUCCAGUCAGUAACUCCUUAUGUAUUGUAAUGGAACUUGCCACUGAUGGAGAUUUAUUAUAGAAGAUAUAGAAAUACAUCAAAACAAAUAGUUAAUUCUAAGAAAAAGAGAUUUUAAAAUAUGCUUUUCAAAUUCUAAAUGCCUUAAAAGCACUCCACCAAAUGAAAGUGAUGCAUCGUGAUAUAAAGAGUGCAAACAUAUUUUUGAUAAACAAUGAAGUAAAAUUGGGAGACCUGAAUGUGUCUAAAGUAGCAAAGUAGGGUUUACUAUACACUUAAACUGGCACUCCAUACUAUGCAAGUCCAGAAGUAUGGAAAGAUCAACCCUAUGAUUGUAAAUCAGACAUCUGGUCUUUGGGUUGCGUAUUAUAUGAAAUGGCAGCAUUGAAGUUACCUUUUCAAGCAGAGAACAUGGAUGGCCUCUAUAACAAGGUGAUUAAGGGAUAUUACCAAAAACUACCUAAAUCUUACACAUUUGAUUUACAGAACUUAAUAAGAAUGAUGUUAUAAGUUUCGACUGUUUUAAGACCAACAGCAACUUAGUUACUAGAAUUAAAUUGCUUCAAAAAUUUCCAACUUACUCUUCAAAAUGCUGGGUAGCUGAUAAAAACAAUAUAAUUCCCAAAAAACAAGAGCUAUUAAAAUAUUUUUCCUAAGUCUACCUAUAAGUAGGAUUAAUAGAAUUAAAAUGAAUAAGUUUCUUCCUCUCGUAAAAGGUUAGCAACAUUGGGAGGGGGGAAUGACUCUUUGCAUUCAAACCCAACUAGACUAUCUUAAUAUGAAUAAAAUAUCCAAAAGAUUAAUAAAAAUCAUCAAUUAAAUAGUCUAGACCUUCAAAAUCUUAAGCAGGAUCAUAACUCGCUAAAUAAAAUACUGUCAGAAGGAUAUUUGCAGAGCAAAUUCAGCAAACUUGCCGUCAAUAGCAUAUUAUAAGAGAAAAUUAGAAAAUAAAUUAUCAUGCCAAGUCUAUAACAAAAAGCAUCCCCUUUUUCUCGUAAGAUAAGCUCUAGACAAAUUAACGAAACUACAAUACUACCUUGUAUAUUAUGA